GAAGCUGGACACCAGCAUAAUGUAUUACAAAUUUAGUGGAUUCACGCAGAAAUUAACUGGAGCAUGGGCUUCAGAAGCCUACAGCCCACAGGGAUUAAGGCCAGUGGUUUCCCCUAUCAUAUUUGCCACACCGACUAAACUGACCUCUAGUCCCACUGGUUAUGAUUAUGCUGGGAAGAACAAGGUUCCAGAGCUACAGAAGUUUUUCCAGAAAUCUGAUGGCGUGUCUGUCCAUCUGAAACGAGGCCUUCCUGACCAAAUGCUUUACCGGACCACCAUGGCGCUGACUGUGGGAGGGACCGUCUACUGCCUGAUUGCCCCCUAUAUGGCUUCACAGCCCCAAAACAAAUAA